CAGAAAACUUCACGGCGGCAAUAGCACUUGGGGUUAUUGUGCCUUUGAUAAUGAUAAUAAUCAUUGCUGUAAUUGGUUAUAAACUUUAUCAGAACUAUAAAUAUUACCAAGAAAACAAAGAGGUUGACACACCAAAGCCAGAUCCAAAAUACGCAAAUGGCGAAAUACGUAAUAAACGAAUGUGCAAAAGUAACGGUGUUGUGAUUGACGAAAAAGCACUGAUUAACGAUACACCUAGAAGUGUUGAAAUCAUGAUAGAUGAAAGAUGUCGACCUGAUUCCACACUAACAACUGGUUCGCUUCUGUCUGCUGGAAUUAGGCGCGAGUCUUCGAUUCUUCUCGAUAUUAACCCGUCAACUCGGGGUACGAUGGUUGCCGAGUCUCUUCCGGAAGUUACCGAACCGAUCGAUUACUCAUCUGAAUAUUCAGACUCCGAUGACGACGACCAGGGUAGUGACAAUUUUUUGCAAAUGCAAUCGACUGGUGACUUUCUGGAUGGUAAGAGAGACGAAGGUACUCAAACACCUAAUAUUCCUCAAAUAGUACUGGACAGUAUAAGCCAUGGUGGAGACUUUCAACCAGACCUUAUUUCACCUAUUGCCGUUCCUCCUUCGAUGACGACUAUACCAGAGCACCAGACUGAUGCAACUCAGACAGAGCAAGGAGGAACAAAUAAGAAGAAAAAGAAACGGGUCAAGAGAACCAAGAGUGCAUCUUCCACUAGACGAGUAAGCUCAGCUUCGAAACGCCGACCUGGAAGCAGCAUUAAAAGAAAGGGAACAUCAAAGCAAAAACCGGAUCGCUAUGGUAAUACUGACGAUAAAUUAGUCUUUGGUACCCGGAUAAAUAUUUUGAGGAUCCGCCCUAAAUCAUUCAGGAAAAAGAAGCAGGUUAAUCCAUUAAUCACUGAUGAAGAUAGUCCAAUUGAUCCAAGUUUAAAUGAUUUAGAUAUGAGUACAAAUGAUCAAAUCAUUGUACAUUCCAAAGAUGAAAACAUUACUACAGAAACUGGGGAGGAAAAAGAAAUAGAUGACAAUACUACAGAUGAUACAUUAAAUUCAAAUCCAAGCAAGUCAAACUUAAAACGAAACGAAAGUAUGCUGAGAGAGAAAAUAUAUAAACAUACCAAUAGGGAUAUACCGUCUUCCAAAAGGAAAAAGAAACAACCAAAGCUUAGACAUCCUCUUGAACAAAAGAAGGGAGAUCAAGAACCUCUGUCCGACUCCUGGUUUAAACAUAGGAGCACAUCUGUACCUAGAACGCACAAUAACUCAGAUAGAAAAGAGGAAACUGAUGGUGAAGGGCAAGUAUCACCUGAAGUAGACGAGCACGGGAACCUAUUACCGCAAAGUGAUAAUGACUCCGUAGAACAAAAACGACCACCAACGCAGCAAAAACCAUUCAUGAAGCCUCAAGCAGAGACAACGGAGGAAGUGUUCGAAAAGAUUAAAUCUAUGUGGCAAUUUGGAAAUAAGUGGCUUGGAAAUACGUAUAUUGCUCAUAGUCCUAAAUAAUGUGUGCAUGUAUUUAGGAACUGAAGACUUAUGAGUUAAAUCAUUCAUCAAGUAUAUUUCAUGGCAUUGUGAACGCUUUUUAUUGACAUUUUUAUUUUCUCAAUCUUCAUUUUUAACCGCGUUUGGUUUUGUCACCACUUGGAAUGUUUGUUGUCAUUUGAAACGCAUCUUUUAACUUGCUUAUCAGACAUACCAUUUUCUAUGAGUGAUCGUGCUUUUUUUUCAUUUGAACUUACUUCUUCCUAACUUAAAUAUGUCAGUUCAGUCUUCUUUCACUUAAAGUGAAAACUAGUUUGUAUUACAAAAGGCAUUGUUCGUCUAAUUCAAACAUGAUUGCGUGCUAUAAUAUACUUUUAUGUUUAUUCAUUUUAUAGUUGUUAUACUUUAGUUGAACCUGACCUAAAGUAAAAAAUAAAAAACCAAAAGUAAACUACAUAGAGAUAUAUUCUCAUUUAUCAGUUUCACUGUCAAGUCGCACAAUAACAUAAUAACUAUGAAAGCGAUAAUCUUUAAGUAAAUUAUAUAAAUCCUUAAUAAGAUCAUGUUUGGUUAAUAUGUUAAAAUUGAUCAAUCGUUUUUUGUUUUUUUUCAUUGUUAUUUUUUAUUUUAGUUUAAUAUUAUGCUAUGAAACCUAUAUAUGUGUUAUUCAUACACGUAACGAACUUAAAAGAUAAUUGUAAACAGCGUGUUUUCCAUUCUGAAGAGAACAAUAAAAUCCAGUGUAAACGCAAAUAUUUGGGUUAUAUAAAUCUUUAAUAAAUAAUUUGUUAGCAAUAUCUAAUAUACUGUUUUGAUGCUCUCUUGUGUAUAUUCCGCAUGUUAUGAUUUAUGUCCUUCUCGGUCCCAAAUGCUAUAUGUCUACUUAGAAAAUGAAAUGAAAGUAUUUUUUGAACUUAUUAAUUUUAUCUGAAUGCUUUAACAUGUAACAAGUUAAUAUUUAUUUCACAACUAAAAUAUAGAUAUAUGCGUCUUUAAAUAUUAUAAAUAUGUUGGUUUUUUUAAAUGAAUGACUGCAUUCCAGAACAUGUUUUCUUUUUUCAUCUUUUUUUAGAUGUAAAAAUCCCGUAAUGAAAAUGAAAAUAUCGUUUAUUACUUAUAAAAUUGAUGCCUGUGAAGCGCUUUUCUGGAUUAUCAUCUUCAUCGGGAACGCUAAAAACUAAAAUUUGAAAGCCAUUGGGUAUUUGAAUUGACAAUGAGCUGUAUGUAUGACGAAACAUUAUUGACAAAUCAAUUUAACAGCCAUUAAAUGACUUGGUGUUUGAUUAUCCGAAUGACGGAAGUGUUGUAGCACUUCGUUGUGAUUAGUUCGCUUUUUACAUCUGAUAAUUGGCCGGACUUACUUUAUAAGUUUUAAAUACAAACAUAAACAUCUACGAAUCUUGUUUCUUCUAUUUAUUGUAUAUUUAUUCAGUUCGCAAGAAGUUCCACUCCAUGUAGAAUAAUAAAUAUCAAAUUGUUAUUACAAUAUAGUCUUUCAUCUAUAGAUCCAUCUGUAAUAAAUGUAAUAUGACAGACAAACAAUUCUCUGUAUAUCAUGGUAGAUUGUUAUCUUAAUAAUGUUAGGA